AAGGCCGAGUUAUUUAUAGAAUACUUUGUAGCAAGUAUAGGUUGGCAAGAUAUAUAAAUGUAAUGUCUGCAAUUGCACUUUAUAAGCAUUAUAUAGAUAGAAUUCAGUGUGAUUGGACCGGAUUAGAAUUAUAAUAUGUCAUAUUUAUUAAUGGAUAUAAAGUAGCCCCUCGGUAUUGUUAUAAUAAUGUAAAUAAUUGAAUCUUAAAUAGUGAUUGUACUGUCACUGCACUUACUCUCUUCAGUGUAUAAAAAGUACAUGCAAUAAUUACGUUUCAAGUUUGUAAAAUAUUCUCACAUUUAAAUGCUAGUGAUUCAUUUUCUGACUAUUCCCUUUUAAUUGAACUGCAAGAUAUUUGAAAAACAUCCAUAGUUAUGUCAAAACCUGAUGCACCUAAGUUUGUGACAGCACUCUUUUCCUUUAAGGGAAAGAAUAACGAUGAAUUGUGCUUUAAGAAAGGUGAUAUAAUAACGAUAACUCAAACGGACGAUGAAGGUUGGUGGGAGGGUACGUUGCAUGAUAAAACUGGAUGGUUUCCAUCUAAUUAUGUCAAAGAGCAUAGAGUACCAGAUAAUGGACUAUCUUCUGUUAAAGUAUCCUCAGAUAAAGGUUUACCGGAAUCACCUGUUCAUCAGAAACUUAAUCGUGAUAUAGUAAUAAAAGACAUUGUAGAUUCCGAAAGAAUUAAUGUAGCGGAAUUACAAGGCUUAGUUAAUAAUUUCUUGCAACCAUUAGAAUCAUCAAAUAUAUUAAAAAAGGAAGAGUACAAACAGUUAUUAGGUAAUAUACACGAAGUUUUGGAAAUGCAUCAACGUCUUCUUACAAAUUUGGAAGCUACCGUUCUACAAGGUGUAGCUGGUAGAAUAGGAAAUUUGUUUUUAACUCUUGCUCCAAGAUUAAAAUCUAUUCAUACCGCAUAUUGUAAUAAUCAUCCACAAGCGGUCUGCAUUCUUGAUAGAUACAGAGACGAAUUAAAUGAAUUUAUGGAAGAUAGCGGUGCAAUUUCUCCAGGUAUAUUAGUUUUAACGACGGGUCUUAGUAAACCAUUUAGAAGAUUAGACAAAUACUCUGCUAUGCUACAAGAAUUAGAAAGGUACACGGAAAAAAAUCAUUCCGAUAGAGGAGACACGCAACGAAGUAUAGCGGUUUAUAGGGAAAUAGCGGAUUCUUGUUCUUCGAUACGUAAACAACGUGAAUUAGCACUACAGGUAUUAACUAGUGGCAUUAAAGGUUGGGAAGGUGAAGAAUUAAGUUCCCUUGGUGAAAUACUUCACGUUGGAUCUGUGACUCUAGCGACAGGUGUAGAUAGAAGAGACAGAUAUUUCGUUCUCUUUCCCUCUACGUUAUUAGUAUUGAGUACCAGUCCAAGAAUGAGUUCUUUUAUUUAUGAGGGGAAACUCCCAUUGACAGGCAUUAAUGUUACAGCAACAGAGGACACUGAUGAAAUAAGGAAUGCUUUUGAAAUAACGGGACCAAUGAUUGAAAAUAUAACGGUAUUGUGUGCAAGUAAAGAAGAGAGGCAACGUUGGAUUGAGCUUCUAGUCCAAGAACAGGGUACCAAUGUAUUGAAAUCACCAACAAUGCCUCGAAUGAACAGUCAGAUGAGCGGGAAACGCCAGCGGUCGGCAGCGGAUCAUUGUUUAUCUCCAGGGAUUAAGACUCCUUGGAGUAUCGCUUCGUUACGUCCAGCCCCACCUUUAUAUACACUCAAGACAUUUGAUGAACGUCAAUUUGAAGAAGAUGCAAUUAUUCUAAAAAUAAUAGAAAGUUACUGUCUUUCUGUCAACAGUAGAUUUACCAUGAAUUCUAAUGAAUCUAAUUCUAUGAUGGAUAUUGAAUGGCAAAGAACGCGCGAUGCAUCAUCGAUGCACAAGAGAGGUGUAAAUUGGGAUACUCGUGCUGAUCGGUCAUUAUCGGAAACUGUGAAAACCUUAAAAAAUCAAAUGACAGAUUUACAGUCACAAAUGUCAUUACUUACUAAACAAUUAGAUGAAGAAAGAAGAUCUCGCCUUUCAUUAGCUGCUACUGUAAAACGCAGUAUGGCUGCUAUGGAUAGUUCCAUAUCUUAAAAUUUAUAAUUAACAUUCAGGAAAUAAAUUCGUCAAAUUUGAAUUUAAUUCAUGCUACUCGCAUGCAUCUUAACGCGCAAAAGGAUGCAUCGUACUUGGAAUGUUUUCAGAUAUCUUUAAGUUCAUAACAUAGAUUACGGUAACGUUAAGAUAGUAAAAUGUUAUUUAUCUAUUUUUAUAGUAACUCGUUCAUUCAUAAAAUAAAUGAAGGUUUCAUCAUGUGCCUAUUUUACAUACAUUGUAAAUUAUAUCAUAUUCUCAAAUUAGUGUCUUAUACUACAUCUUGUUAAUAACAGCUGAUUUGAAAGAUGAAAUAUAAAAAGAAAAUUAAAGAUAAAAUAAAAAAUAAAAA